GGGUUCCUCCACUUCCUUCAUAGACAGAGAGCGCUGAAUGUCCUUUCAGGAAGUGAGCACCCUGGAGAGUCCCUGGUUUUCUCUUUCUCUGUUUCGUCAAUCACAGUGUGACACUGGCUCCAGGCACCACGGAAGGGGCCCCAGGUCUGAAGGCUCGGGAUCCUGGGAGAAGUCAAAGUGAGGCGUGUCCCUGGACUCUCUUCUGUUAGAAGCUGGGUAUCGGGAGUCCUUCCCAUGAUUCAUGAAGACGCGCCUGCUGCUCCUCCAUAUACUUUUUCCUGGAAAAGAGAACUCAUUCCAUUGGCAGGAAAGCCCUCCACAGGUAAAGGAAGGAGGGGUCUCCUGCUAGCCCCAUGUCUGUGCUGCCCGGGAUUCAUCUCAACAUCUCCUGCUCUGAAUUUUCAUGCAAGAGAAGAAAGAAUACCUUCCCCAGAUCCUCUUCUUGGGAAGACGAGAAAGGAAUUCACCUUUCUUUAUUCUGAAGGCCUGUCACUCACAUUUUUACAUCCAGUGCUCCUUUGAUUUUCUUCCCAAGUGUGCUGUCUGUUGAGGAAUGGUUGCCUUGUGGACCCUCAGAGAACCAGGGAGUCAGCCACCAUCAUCCGCGUUUUGGCGAGACUCACAAGCACACAGAGGAGUGGGAAAGCUUUCUGAUGGAAAAAGGGAGGCCUUGAGGAAAAGCCAAGUUGCCCUCAAGAUCAUGAAUGUGUCUUCUGAGCGCUGUAACAUAUCAGAUUGGCUGAGGCUGGAAGCCACAGUGAAGGCCUCUGUAUACCUGGUGACUUUCUCCUUUGCCACCUUCAUCACUGUCAUCAUUAUCGCCACAGUGUUGCAGAAUUCCAAGCUGAGGAGAAAGGUCCGAUACCUCCUCCUUUGCCACCAUCUGCUGUGCAUCUCCUCCUACUGCGGCCUGGGGGUGCUUUUCCAAGGGAUGCGGGCCCUCCUGGCCAACAGCCCGGUGCUGAUGUGCUGGCUGGUGUUUGGGGCACAGCUAAGUGUUGGAGAAGGGAUUCUCGUCACCCUGGCCUUGAUGGCUGUCAACGCCUGCCUAGCAAUUUGUUGGCCCUUGAAAUCUCUGUCCUUUGUAGAUCUUUUCAAGUAUAAGAUUCUGGCUGGGGCUUGGCUAAUUAUUAUACUAAAGAAUGCUUGCUUAUUUCUUAUAGAAGGCACUAACCCCACCCAGGAGGCUGUUUUAAAAUCUGAACCCCUUUGCCCAGUGAUCUUGAAUGGCGUUCCUGCCAGAGCCGUCGGCAUGCUUUUCCUUUUCCUUCCUCUGUCUAUCAUUCUUAUAAGUUACUCUCUGAUCUACAAAGAAGGGAAGCGGGCUGGCCAUUUUAAUAGAUCAAAUGUCAAGGCGAGGAAGACAGUGCUAAUUCACUUAGUGCAGCUGGCCCUACAUGUGAUACCAACCCUGAUAUUCAUAGGUUUGGGAAAGAUGUGUGGGGAAUUUUUCUUUGCUUUAAAUCUGGUGCUUUUUGGAGUCUUUGCAUUUGCCCAGUGUUUUAACCCUCUGAUCUAUGGGCUCUGGAAUAGAGAGUUGCAAAGCAAAUUAUGCCAUUGGAUGUGCUAUCAACUGUGGUGUGGUCACACGGUGACCAGCAGAGGGCCAGUUUAAACCAAAACUCAGUGAUUUUAAAGCAAUAACUCCAGUCCCAAUGGGCCAUUAGCUAGGGUUGAGGAUUGGCCAUUUCCUCAACCUAAAAUUGAUGCCUUGAUUUUGUUUUGAAAGUAACAGAGUAAAUCAGAAUUAUCCAUCUGGCUUACAAACUUUGCUGCGGCAUACACUGAGUUGGCUCAGUGAAAUCAUUUUAUGUCCUUGAUUCUAAACCCAGAUUAUCAUUUUUAGCAGCAUGCCUUACUGUGUUUCAGGAGCUGGUCAGCUUUUGAGAAUGCACUUGUUUUUAGAAACUGAGAAAUAGUACAUGGUUGAUAUGGAGAGAAAAGGUUUGACUGUUCUUAUAGUAAUUAGGGGUAGAUUUGUCUACAUAUAAUAACAAAUCAGCAACAAAAUAACAGUGACUUUAAGAAGUUAGAGACUGAUUUUUUUUUCUCAUGUAAAAGAAAUUUGGAGAUACACAAUCCAGGCCUAUGUGUCAGCUCUUCAGGCAACAGGCUCAUUCUCUUCUACUCUGCCAUGAUUAGUGUACUACCUCAUGACCCAAGGUGGCUAUUAGUGCUCCUGCCAUCAUAUUCACACUCCAGCCAAUCUGAAGGAAGAAAGGGGAAAGGAACCUCUGAAUCUUCCUUCUAAAGACACUUUUUAGAAAUUACAAAACACGUUUUCUUACACCUAACCGGCCAAAAUUUAGUCAUGUAACUAUGAUUUAGCUUUAAGGGACAAUGGGAGGAAAUUUUAGCAGGGUUGGUGUCUCCAGUUAAAAAUUGGAGUUCUUAAUAUUAAGAAAGGAAGGAAGAAUGGAUAUUGGGAGGCAAAAUUAUUUCAGGGACCAUUUUCCUCUCAACCAAAUAAAACAUAAGAAAGACAAUGAAUGGGUUAUGAUCAUCAUAAAAAUAUACUCUGUCUUUUAAUAUGAUAGACAAAUACAGAGCAGAGUUAUCUGUUCAGGAGCCCAGGAAACUUUAAUUGUGUUAUGUCAACAACUCUCAAAGAGAAUGGCAUCAAUUAGGAAAUCACUGAACUGGUUUAAACAUGGGAACUUAUCAUUUAAAUCUAAGUAAGUUUGGGGCAAUAGUAUGAAAUAAAUUCUUUCACCGAAGUUCCCAUAUAAUGUUUCCUUAGAUAAAACACUCAUUCCUGAAUCACACAGAAUUCAGUUCUAGAAAUAGGAAUCAUCACUCUAGGUAUUUUGAACAGAAAGGAUUUAAUACAGGAAUUAAAUGCUUAUGAAGUCACUGGAAGGGCUAGAGGAAUGGAAAUCAGGGGACACCACUGACUGAUGUCAAGAGCAAACACUGCAGCUGUGAAUUGGAGGUCAAGCAGCUUCUUUCUUCCCUGUCCCCCUGCCUCGUGCCACUCAUGUCCUUGCAACUUUGUUUGCAAAAGAAACAGCAACAGGAAGAUGGCCUCUACCUCCUCCAUCUUCCAAAUCUCAUGUGAUUGCCUCUAAAUGGUGGAACUCGACUGGUACCCAGACCCCAAGAGCAAAGGAGUCUGGGAAAUGUGGCUCCUCGUUUCACAGACGUGGCAGUUCAGGAAGUUACCCAGAAGGAAUGUGAAAUAAGGAUUGAAUGAGCCAAUCCAUGGGCUCCACCAUUAUGAUGUUUAGUUAUAUUUACUAGUAACAACAACAAGGACAAAUGAUGCCAUGUAUUGAGCAACUCUUAUGCGCCUGAUGCUAUGCAAGCCGUUUUAUAAGCACCAUGUCAAGUCCUCCCAACCACUUUAUAAUGUAGGUUAUUAUUAUUCCUGAUUUACAAACGAGAAAAGCUGAGGCUUAGAAAAGGCAUACAGGAGCUCAGGAGGUCAGGACCCUCCCUUUAAGAUUUGUCAUAUACACGACAUGGCCCCAGGGUGAUCGUUUCUUCACUGUUGGGAGCUGGACCAAUUGCUUGGGAAAUUGGGACCUUGGUUCUCCACUUCGCUUUGGGUGUGGAUGCCUGGCUUGUGGGAAAGAGCCUCUUUUUAACCCAUUCCUUUAACCCAUCCCUGGGCCACCGUUGAUGAAACAGACACGUCAGUCAGCCAGCUAGACAUGACUUUCUACAAACCUCCUCCCACAAAAACCAAGCUGUCUCUUUGUUCAUUGAAAUAUUAAGCAAUCUGAGAGCAGAAAGUAGGAGAAAAAACGCCAAAAAUUGACCAGACUUAACUUGAUUUCAAGUCCUAGAUGUAAUACACACACAAUUCAAUUUAUCCUUAACCUUUAAAAAUUCUGUUUUCUGAUACCAAAAGGUAACUGCUACUUGUACCAUUAACUGAAUGUUAGAAUGGUAGCUACAUACUUUCAAAUGCAAAUUAUUACUUUUAAAAUUAAAUUUUUCGAAUUAGGAAUAUAUAGUGUAAAAUUCAAAAGACUCAUAGUGGUAUUUGGUUAAAAGUAAGUCUUCCUCCUCCCCAUUUUUUGAGGCCCCCAGUUCUCUUCUAAGAGUGAACAACUGUUAUCAGUUCCUGUGUUUCCCCCAAGAGAUAAUCUACAAAGGAGAAAUUACUGAGAAUUUCUCAUUUGUAAGAUAAUUUUGGUUUUGGUAUCCUGGACUUGGGUUGGAAUGUUGUUUAAAUUGGCAUUAAGAAUGAUAGUUUAUGUCAUCAGUGACAUCAGCAAUAAUCUUUCUCACGAUGUGAAAAAUCUUUGAGAAACUUAACCUUGAGCAAGAUACAGAAAGAAAGGAGAAGGAGGAAGUGGUGGCUAAAGUUACUCGCAAUUAGCUGAGAGUUCUUGUAAAGUGUUAUUUUCCUCUAUAGAUAUGAUGCGAUGAUAUUGAACUUGAUGUCAGAAAGUGUAGGAGUUUGGGGGAAAUGUUCAAAUAGCUCUAAAAAAAUUACUUACGGAAAAAAUGUGCAUUAUCUCAAAAUUCCUGAGUUCUUUUGAGCGUUUCAUUUACUGUAACUGCAACUGUAUUAUCACUGCAUGAAACUAUUUCUGGCUUAUAUAUAGCUAUGUUCUACAAACACGUAUUAGAUAAAUAUGAAUGAACUUGGGCAAAAUUUUAAAAAAUAGAAAUAGAAAGUUAGUUUAUAAUAUCCAUCAAAAGAAAAUGUUGAAUGAACCCAGGCCAUUUUUUAGAAGAAGUUCAAGACUGUAAAAUCAGUCACAUUAAUGAAUUUUAAGCUUUUGUCUUUCCUCUCUGAGAAGGUCAAAGACUGUGACUAGAAUUGCCUGCCUGUGGCCAAGCAAAGACAUAUCUCUCCAAUGGAGAGAAAACUGCACGUCUACCACUGGUGGGGGUGGGGAAAAGAUGCAGCGCGUUCUUGUGAGCCAAGGGGACUUGUGGGAAGGAUCUGGCCUUGGGAUUGUUGGAAAAGACCUGUCCCAAAAGGCUUCAUGCCUAAGGGGAGGGGCUCUCAUCAGAAAGAGACUGGAGGUUACCACUGGCUGCAGAGGAUGAGGAUGGGGUGAGAAGCGGCUGACCAGGGACAAGGAUUGCCCAAGGGCUUAGAAGGGAUACAUUUGACUGAGGGUCCCACAAAGUGCUACAGAAGAGAAAGAAUCACCAUUGGGAAUCUGCCCCACUCAGAAGAUGCAAACAUCAGACUACAUCUGCCUUCAAUAAGGAUGGUGUCUCCUGCCCCUUACAUCUCCUCCCAGCCUCCAACUCUUCUAACUCUGGAAAAGUCACAGGCAACUGGGGGUUGGAGGAGCUGUAGAAACCUGAAUUCCAUCUGCAACUUUAAUUCACCCUCGCAAUGUAGCAAAACACCCACAGGUUCCAAUGAUUAGGGCAUCUUUGCAGGGGAAAGGGUGUUAUUCUGCCUAUCACAUUUAUAAAAUGAGCUUGUUCUUUGGAGCUGAAAAUGAUCAAAGGGCUUUUAUUACUUAAGAAUGACUAGAUAAAAUGUGUAUCAAAACAGCAAUGAAAUAACGCCUCAUGCCCAUUUGGAUAGCUACUACAAAAAUAACAGAAAAUAAGCACUGGCAAGGAUGUGGAGAAACUGGUACCCUUGUGCACUCUUGAUGAGAUUGUAAAAUGGUACAACUGCUGUAGAAAUCAGUAUGAAAGUUCCUUAAAAAAUUAAAAAUAGAACUAUCAUGUGAUCCAGCAACCUCACUUUUGGGUAUAAAUCCAGAGAAGUUGAAAGCAGAGUCUAGAAAAGAUAUUUCCAUGUUUGUGGCAGCACUAUUCACAAUAAGCCGAGAAGCAGAAACAACGCAAAAGUCCACUGAUGGGUGGGUAAGCAAAAUGUGGUAUAGAAUGAAAUAUCAUGCAGCCUUCAAAAGGAAAGAAAUUCUGUCACAUGUUAUAAUAUGAAUGAACCUUGAGGACAUUAUGCUAAGUGAAAUAAACCAGUCACAAAAAGACAAAUGCUGUCUGAUUCCGCUUAUAGGA